GGCUCCUUUCUUUCUUCUCCACAUUCUCGCUUCCCUCCCUGUUCCCGCUCGGUCCCCGCCGGUGUGCUUCCCCGGGAAUCUUUCGCCGACGAGGUUCCCGAGGGCCAUUGUUCCAAUUUCCAGAUUCACCCCAAUCCGUUAACUCCCUCGUCCUCUCUAUUUCCGAUUGACGUCCCCCGCUAUCGAGCUCGAAAUCUUCAUCGGCGGUUUUUGAAUUUAUUUCUCUCGGGAGUCAACUGUUUCUCUGUUGUUUUGUUCUUUCUUCCCCCCCUUCUUUCGAUACAGAAGCUGGGGGUUAUAGUUCUCGGAAUUGGACCGGUUGCUUUCGCAGAUGGCUAGUCAAAGCAGUUCUUCUCGAAGGAGUCUGUCGUCGGUGCCGGGGAGGAGAAAAUCCUUUCAGAAUGGAGCCUCUGAGUCUAAGCCCCGGAAAUCUCUAUCCUCUUCGCGCCCGCCAUUAACAGGAGAGCGGACAGUGAAAUCAUUACGACUAUCAAAGGCUUUAACCGUACCUGACACAACUACUGUGUCUGAAGCUUGCCGUCGGAUGGCUGCUCGCCGAGUUGAUGCCCUGUUGUUAACUGAUUCUAAUGCUUUGCUUUGUGGAAUACUUACAGACAAGGAUGUAGCAACAAGAGUUAUUGCUGGUGAGCUUAAUCUUGAAGAGACACCUGUUUCAAAGGUUAUGACAAGAAAUCCAAUAUUCGUCCUUUCUGAUACUCUUGCUGUGGAAGCCCUCCAAAAGAUGGUGCAAGGGAAAUUCAGACAUUUACCGGUGGUGGAUAAUGGAGAAGUUGUUGCCUUGCUUGACAUAGCAAAGUGCUUAUAUGAUGCUAUUGCGCGCAUGGAAAGGGCGGCUGAAAAAGGAAAUGCCAUUGCUGCUGCUGUUGAAGGUGUUGAAAAACAUUGGGGGACAUCUUCUUCUGGCCCUAACACAUUCAUUGAGACUCUUAGGGAGCGGAUGUUCAAGCCCUCUUUGUCUACAAUCAUUUCUGAGAAUUCAAAGAUUGUAACAGUUUCACCAACAGAAUCAGUUUUGACAACAACAAAGAAGAUGCUUGAACUUCGUGCAAGCUGUGCAAUUGUGACACUUGAAGGAAAAUCUCAUGGCAUUCUUACUUCAAAGGAUAUCUUGAUGCGGGUAAUUGCACAAAAUCUUCAACCAGAGUCAACUCUUGUUGAGAAGGUCAUGACUCCCAACCCACAAUGUGCAACCAUUGAUACUCCAAUUGUUGAUGCACUUCACACUAUGCAUGAUGGAAAAUUUUUACAUCUUCCUGUGGUUGAUAGAGAUGGCAAUGUAGUUUCUGUAGUUGAUGUGAUUCAUGUUACUCAUGCUGCUGUGGCAACAGCAAGUCAGCAGGUUGGAAAUAGUGGCAGCUUUAACACUGAAGCUGCAAGCACCCUGAUGCAAAAAUUUUGGGAUUCAGCCAUGGCGUUAACUCCAAACGAUGAUGAUGAUGACACCAGAAGUGACGGUUCCUUGAAAUUGGCUUCUGAUGGAGGAGAUACUGCAAAGUCUCUUCCUUAUCUUUCGUCAAGCAUGACAAAUACGUUUUCCUUCAAAAUACAAGAUAAGAAGGGACGGAUGCAUCGAUUCACAUGUGAUACUCGGAAUUUGACAGAGGUUAUAACUGCUAUCAUUCAGAGAGUCGGUAAUGAAAUUGACCCGAACAACCUGCCCCAAAUUCUGUAUGAAGAUGAAGAUCAUGACAAAGUUAUAUUGGCUUCAGAUAGUGAUCUUGCUGCAGCUGUUGACCAUGCAAGGUCGACAGGCAUGAAGGGAUUGAGAUUGCAUCUGGACUACUCAGGAACAACUGGUCGUAGGAGGGGUUCUGGUUCGGGAAGCUUGGAUUACGCUAAAAGUUCAGAUGCAUGGGCUUCAGCAUACAGCGCUGUUGCAGCUGGAGCUGCAAUUGUUGCCGGCUUAGGCUUGUUAACAUACUUGAAGCGUACUUCAUGAGAAUGAGAGGAGCAGAACGGAAUCUGGAUUUGAGUUCCAGUAGAGACCAACCUGAAGUUGAAUCUGGAACGCUGGAGCAGUGCAGUCUUUGCGCUUGCCACUCUGUAUAUGCUAAAUUAAUUUUUGUACGAGUGUAUCUGUUUAUACAUGAAAAAUCCAAAUAUACUUGUCAUUAUUUCAUUCCGAUGCUCCUUAUUAUGUACUUUGGGAUGCAUCAUCCUUGGAUGCUUUGUAUACCAAAAACAAAGGAUGUGCAGCUUUAAGAUUGCUGGGGAUUGUGUGCAAGGAAUAAGUAAAGAAUAAUCAAGAGGUUGGCUUUUUUUGUUUGGCAUUGUGGGUUCUUAAAGAAUCAUUUGAUCAGUUUUUGAAUUGAUUGACAUUGAUAA